AUGGGGUUGGUGGUGGAAUAUAUGCAAAAUAUAUGGCCUUUUUCUGCAUUUAUAAUUAAUAAUGAUUUAAGAGCAUCAGAUGGAAUAGUGAAAAAAUUACCGGUGCCUGAAAGUACGAAACAGUUUGUUUACGCUAUCCGUGAGCCUGAAUCAGGGUCUAUUAUCUAUGUACUGUCUGUUCAGAAAUUAUCAGAAAGGUCGGCUUCGGAUGCUGAGUGUCUCAUAAGAGCGAUUAAGCCUGAUGCUGUUGUUGUUCAUGUGGGAAAUUCUAAUGAUUCGGACAUUAUUGACUUGCCGAAUGGCGGAAUCGGGUCAAUGAACAAUAGAAUUUGCGAGAGUAGUGAAAAUGGUAAUAGUGUUGAUGAGUACGCUGUACCGACAUCGUCAUUUGAGGUGUUGAAAAGAUGUUUUGUGCAUAAGACUAAUAGGGAGAAGUAUGAGAAAGUGGCAGGGAGUUUAUUGUUGAAAGAAGUUUUUGGAGUGAGUUUUAACGCUCAUUUUAUGGCUGCCAAGAAGGCUGCUGAGGAAGUUGGUUCUUCCUUACUUGUGCUUGAGUCGCCUUUCGCGAAGUGCAUCAUAGACGGAGAUAGUGAAAGUGAUUUGGACACAGGGGUAGAGCAGGUGGUGGAAUCAGGAAAUGGAUUUCGAGGUGCUUUUGGUUUUCAGCCAAGUUAUUUGGUUCCCGGAAGAAAUAUGGUUUCUGUGAGGUCGAGGGGUUUUUAUGUUACGAAUGAUGUUCAGUCCCAAAUGGUGAAAUGGCUGUCUACGAAUUUGGUUCAGCCAAGUACCAUUUCGAAACUCAGUAGUGAAGAUGUUAGGCCUCUAGUUGAUUAUGAGGCUCCGCAGUUUGCAAAAUCUGUCUAUCCAUUGCUUGUUGAUUUGCAUGACAUAUUUGUUGACAUCCCCUCUAUGGGAAGGGCUCUGGCUUGUUCUCAGAAAAUUCUUAGUGACGUUAACAAGGGAGAAAUUGUUGAUUCCCAGCUCCUAUCUGAAUUGUACUUAUUCCGUGUUGCUGUUGAGGGGCUGAGAAUGGCCUUGAAUAAUGCUGGCCGGCUUCCUUUGAGCAAAAUAGGAGACCCUAUCUUGGCUAACACAAAGUUCUACGAUCUUCCUGUAGAGGAUCAGUCACAUGCUAUUCUUGCACAGGCUCUUCAUAGCCCAACUAAGAAGUUCAAAUCAAUAGUUGCAGUAGUUGAUGCUAGUGCCUUAGCUGGACUAAGAAAACACUGGAACACCCCUGUUCCUCCAGAGGUUAAAAGUACAGUUGAAGAGCUUAUAACUAAUUGUGGAGAUAAUGAGGAAAUCCCACACCGGUGUAAGCGCUUGUUGGCUGAUAAACCUGUGGUGGCAGUUGGGGCAGGUGCAACGGCAAUUUUUGGAAUCUCUUCCCUCUCUAAAGUCAUUCCCGCAUCAACUUUUAUCAAAAUUGCAACCUUCCAUGUCCCAAGUUCACUAAAACUUAUCUUGACUCAAACACAAAAGGCCAUUUUUUUUGCACUUGGCAAGGGUCUUGGUCCAACAAAAGUGGUAGCCCCAGGAUUGAGUUCUGCACUGAAAAGUUCUACCCUGAAGGCUGCUGUGUCUGCUGAGAAAAUCCGUGCCAUAUCUCACGGUGUUAUAGCGUCCGCAGAGAAAACUAGUCUUUCUGCCAUGAGAACAGCUUUUUAUGAAAUAAUGAGGAAACGACGAGUCAGACCCAUUGGAGCUUUGCCAUGGGCUACCUUUGGAUGUAGCAUUGCUACUUGUACAGGCUUGCUACUUUAUGGAGAUGGAAUUGAAUGUGCUGCAGAGUCAUUUCCUGUGGCUCCAUCAAUUGCUAGUUUGGGUCGUGGAAUCAAAAGUUUACACCAGGCAUCGGAGGCUGUCAGGCAAGUUGAGAGCUCCAGGCUACAAAAAUCAAUAGUCUCUCCUGUACAGAUUUAA